GUGUGUGUGUGUGUGUGUGUGUGUGUGUGUGUGUGUGUGUGAGAGAGAGUGUGUGUGUGAGAGAGAGUGUGUGUGUGAAAGAGAGUGUGAGAGUGUGUGUGUGAGAGAGAGAUCAGUUUACCUCCGUGACUAGCAAACACAACAGAGUGUGUGAGUGUGUGUGAAGAGUCUGUUAUAAUCAGCAGCAUGCAGCAUGUCCCGGAAGAAUGGACAGAGUCGGAGGAGAGGAAGAGAUCAGAUGAAGGACAGACAGAGCAGACGGAGGAGUGUGAGACGCUGAUGAUGGAGCUGACUCAACUCGUCCACAUGACUGUGAGGGACAGCAGCUGGUGGGACAGGAGAGGACUGGACUGCACCAUCCUGGCUUCAGUUUUUAUCAUCCUGCCCAUAGCGUUCCUGCUCUUGUCCUCACCUCAGGUGUGUUACUUCAUGUUGGGUUUAGUCGUGAUGGGCCUGGCUCAUGCUGUGAUCACAGUGAAGGGAACUCACCUGGCCAGUCAUGGCGUUCUGACUGAGUCCACCACCUGGACACAGUUCUGGAACAUCUUCUUCACUGAGGUGUGUGGAGCAUUUACGGCCAAAAUGGCAGUGAAAGCACACGUUAAGACGCAUCACGCUCACACAAACGUGAUCGGACUCGGAGAUUCCAGCACGUGGAAGAUUCCGUUCCUGCCCCGAAGUGUUUACCUGUUCAUCGCUCCGCUCGCGGUCCCCGUCAUCACGCCUGUAGUUGCCAUGGGGCUGCUGAAAGGCCAGCCUCUGUCCUCAGCAGUGCAUACGGUGAUGUGUAUGUGUAUAGGUGUGUGUUCACAGUAUGUGCUACUGCGGUGUGUAUCAGGGUUGGAGUGUAGCUCAGCGCUGCUCGUGAUGCUGCUGAGCAGAGCCAUGUUCUCCAUUCCUUACAUCCACGUCAACAUCUUCCAGAGUCGUCGACCCAAGCGCAUAUACCAGAUGAGCUACGGAGUGUUAAACCUGUCGAGGAACCCACUGUUGGACUGGACCUUCGGCCACUCACUCAUUAACUGCCACGUGGAGCAUCACCUGUUCCCCUCACUGUCUGACAACAUGUGUCUAAAGGUGAAGCCAAUUGUGUCGCAAUUCCUGAAGAUGAAGGCGUUACCUUAUCAGGAGGAAGACUAUCUCUCUCGUCUUCGUCUCUUCUUUCACAGGUACCAGGAGCUGAUGGUGUUUGCUCCUCCGAUCACUGAGCUGGUGGGGGUUCAGUGACAGAGAACCACAAGAACUGUCACAGAUCCUCCAACCAGGACUGUUUAUUUCAUAUCCAACUAGUGUACAGGUUCUACAAUGAUGCUAAAACUCACACACACACACACACACACACACACACACACACUGCAGCUUCCAUCAUGAACACACCACCUGAUGGACCUUCUGGUGUCGCCUAAAGAGCUACCAAAGACCAAUAUGAAUAUUUAGGACCAUAGAUAGGGAACAUAGUGUACAUUAGUGAAGCCCUGUACUGUAGGGGCUGCACAUUACUCAAAAGUUAGUGCCCCCACUGCUGCCCCUCCCCAGUGUAGUAGAUUUGGUCUUUUACUAAAGCUCUUUGAACAGAAACUAAUGCACAUUUCAGCUGCUUUACAAUUAAACUAAAAUAAAUUUGCUUUGUUUUCAACUUUCAAA